UCGUGAAUUCCCUGAUUUGAUACUAAAAUUUGAUCGAAACAAUUACAGCAUAUUUCACGUUGCUGUUUUGAAUCGUCAAAAGGAAAUCUUCAAACUCAUUGACAAGAUAAGUCUAGCAUUUAAGAAACCAAUAUUUCAAUAUAGAGAUAAAGCAGGAAACAAUAUCUUGCAUUUGGCUGGAAUGAUGCCACCACUAGAACGGCUCAAUAAUGUAUCAGGAGUGGCUCUCCAGCUGCAACAAGACUUGUUUUGGUUUGAGGAAGUGAGUCAGAUUGUGGAUCCAAUGGAUGUUGAAGCUAAAAAUAAGAAAGGGAAAACUCCUACAGAUAUAUUUAAGCAGAAGAUCAAAGCGUUAAAGGAUAAGGGGGAAAAAUGGAUGAAGGACACUGCAAAUUCAUGCAUGAUUGUAGCAACACUUAUUACCACCGUAGUUUUUGCCGCAGCUUUUACUGUCCCAGGCGGCAUAAAAGAUGAGACAGGGACUCCUAAAUAG